GCCACUUUGUUGGGUACACCUGUUCAGCUACACAUUAAUGCAAAUGUUUACUCAACCAAUCACAUGGCAGCAACUAAAUGCAUUUAGGUAUAUAGACAAGAUGAUCCACUAUAAUUCAGUUUGAGCAUCAGAAUGUGGACGAAAGGUGAUUUAAGUGACUUUGAAUAUGGCAUGAUUGUUGGUGCCAGAUGGGUUGAUCUGAGUAUUACAGAAACUGCUGAUCUGCUGGGAUUUUCCCACACCACAGAGAAUGGUCUGGAAAAGAGAAAAAAAUCCAGUAAACAGCAGUUCCCUGGGCAAAAAGGCCUUGUUGAUACCAAACGAGCUAUACAGAAGAGCACAAAAUACCCCAAGCCUUUAAGCAGAUGGGCUAUAGCAGCAGAAAUUUGACCGAAGUGAUUAAGGCUAAGGAUAUUUUUCCUACAUUAUUUUAUUUUAGGUAGUUUUGUGAGAACACAAUAUUGUUUCAGUUAGUUUUGGUUUUGAUUAUAGUGAAUACUUUUUCAAACCUAAUUUUAGCUUUUAGCUAACUAAACAAUAAAAUAAGCUUGCCAACUUCUGUUUGCAUGAAUGUAUGAAGCUGCAGUUGCAUGUUUCCAACAGCAGGGGACUCCCACUCUCCAACCACAGGUCGUCAAGGAAACCAGAGUGUCAUGGCAACGUCGCUGACGCUUGAGAAGGGACUUAAUACCAAAUUGGGAAGUAAAGCACACAAACGCACUUACGCCGAAACACAGCUGGAAAUCUUCAAAGCAGCGGAUCUUCGAUGCAUCUAACAAGGCCAAAAUCCUCUAAGGGGCGAAGCAGACCUGCUGUAGACAGCUCACUGUAUCCAGGGGAGGCGAACAGCAUCCAGAGAGAGCCGAGGUCUCCUGAGUUCCGCAGGCCGGACAGAAACCUUCGCUCCCGGUCUCAGCCCGUCAUGUUGCAAGCUAACCACCUGAGCCAGGAGGAAGUUUUGCACAUGCUGCAGCGUACUCCUGCUGCUCCGCCACAGUCCUUAAACAAGUACAAAGUCCUUCCGUCAAUAGAGAGGAGAAGGCAGUCAGAGGUGAGCCUGCACAAAGACGUGUCCAACCUUAACCUAGAAAAUGAUGGUGAGACCAAGAUCUGCAGCCCCAGGGAUUCAACGGCAGAAGCUGGCAGUGGCAGUUUGCUUCUUGCUGUAAGAGCUCCAUGCGGAAGGAGGUUUCAGCAGCCCUUUGACCCCACACACACUCUGCUGACAGUGAAAGCCAGUGCAGAGGCCAGGUUUGGAACCAGGUAUGAAGAUGCUUGCAUUGAGACCAUGGAGGUACCACGCAGGAGCUUUACUGACCUGGGUAUGACUCUGGCACAGUGUGCCAUUCCUAACAGAUCCGUGCUGUGCAUCUCUCAGAAAACUGACAGUAUGGGGGGACAAGAGUAAUAUAUGUUUUUUGGGGUCUGUAAUUGUGCAUUUUGUAGCUUCACUUGGAUAUCUGAACUUCACUGUGCAAAGUUUAAAAGGCUUCUUUUACACCAAUCUGUAGCCUCUAAGAUUUUUAAUGCCAAACUUUGUCCAAUAUGCACCUUACUCAAGUAAAAUUAAGCUUCUUGUGCUCAGGAUGUGUCUGUGUAGCAGAAGAGAUGUUUUUACUGUAUUGUGUGUUCAUGAACCUGCACAGAGUUGAUUCUUCAGAGUACUUUGAGAUUAUAUACAUUUCAGGAUGUAUAAAUAAUAAAUGUUUCAUAACUCUGGAAGCUCAAUGAGCAAAUGGGGUUAUAUAUUUGAAAAAAAAAAAAUUCACAACUAUGUUGAUUCUCAAAAAUGAUUUAGGUGGCCUUUAUGCAUGUAAAAGCUCAGUUUUGCAAUCUACGUUUAAUAAAUUUUAGUAAAGCUCCUU